UAACAUGACGAAAAAAGGAGCAGAACAGAAACGAUUUCCUGUUUGAAGGUUCACGUUUCAACCAUACUCCAAAGUGUGGUUAUAUUUAAUAAUACUUAGUACUUAUAAGUUUAUAUUUUUCAUUCGCUCAAUAAUGGCUGAAACAACUUCAGAAAAGGUACAAGAGUACAAAGACUCGCUAAAAACAAAAGCUGAGCAAUUAUUACUUAAAGGAUUUCCGGAAAAAAUAGUUAAAUUAAAUGAGAUCCUGGCGACACCGAAUUUUUCAAACCGCGACAUGACGGAAGUCCAUCAGGAACUAAAUGUGUCAAUCCCAGAGCCCAUUGUCCUGAAUAAUUCCGAGGAUGGACAUACGAAUAAACGUAAGAGGAUCGACAAUGAGGAUGACGUUCCUAAUGUCACUGGCACUAAAGUUAUGAUACUUCCAAAUGGUCCCAUUCCAUGUAAUAAACCUCUUUGUGACAUGAUUCGUAUUGUUAAGCCUUAUAUUAUUCAGCUUCUUGAAGAUUCAAACCUGUUAAAAAUGUGGAUAUCAUUCAUGAUUCCCAAAAUAGAAGAUGGUAAUAAUUUUGGUGUAUCGAUUCAAGAAGAAACACUUGGAGAAAUUCAAUCUGUUGAAAGUGAAGCUGCUGCAUUCUUUGAUCAAAUUUCUAGGUACUUUGUAUCAAGAGGGAAAAUAAUAAGUAAAGUGGCAAAGUAUCCCCAUAUUCUCGACUAUCGACGAGCUGUACAAGAAUUUGAUGAAAAAGAAUACACGAGUCUGUGGUUGGUCAUGUGCGAAGUCCGCAAUCGCUAUUGCUCAUUACACGAUCUGGUGAUCAAGAAUUUGGAAAAAAUAAAACGGCCGCGUUCCUCAAACGCCGAAUCUUUAUAUUAAUAAAUUAAAAUUAAAACACUAAUAAUAAUAAAAAAAAAAAAAAA